UUCACAAAUCUCUAAAAGUGAUUAAUAACAACAACAGCUGAAGCUCGAUGACAUCAAACUCUACAAUGUUUUGUUUUUCCUUGGAAAGGAGUCGAUGUAUGACCCUUGAAUUCAACUCUGGUUGUUGCUCUAGAAAUGAGAUGACCAGCUCUUACACAAUAUACAGCAACUGCCUUCAGCUGAGCAGCGCCGGGCUUAGGAGAUUUACGGUAAAGCCAUGUUUCCUAGGAGGUCAGUACAAAAAGCCAGGCUUCAACCGGCAGUUUAUGGGAAAGACCAGCUUUCCAUCCAACAGAGCGUUUUACCUUUUCUUUGGGAGAUGUUUACAACAGAAAAGGCACAAGUGGGACAUUCAUCAGCGACUCCUGUUUCUGUGGCAUUUGGUGGAAUCAACAAUAGACAAGGAUAAAAUGCGCUGGUCAUCUCAGGGACAUGGAAAAACUGGACUCCAGGCUCAACAACGCCCCGUAUUUUCAUUGUGAGAAGAGCAGCAAUUCUGCCCCCGUGUGUCAGAAGUGUGAAACGUGUGUGUUGGCUUGGAAGAUCUUCUGUACCAAAGAGUGGUUCCAGCGAAUCAGCGAGCUAUCACAAAGGAGGUUUCUAGUCAGCAUCCUGGUGCAGUUAGACAGCUUGUAUUUACUACACUAUUUCCAAAACAUGCUUCAGACGACAGGGGGGAAGGAUUUCAUCUACAACAGGUCCCGGAUCAACCUCAGCAAGAAAGAGGGGAAAACAGUCAAGUCUUCCUUGAACAAAAUGUUGGAUAAGACGAUAGAAGGGAAGAUGAAGGAGAUUCUGCAGUGGUUCACGAAGUGUACCCACAGGACCAAGGCAAACUAUACACUCCUGCUGCUACAGAUGUGCAACCCCCCGCUGCUGUGCGCCGCUUCCAAUGUCAUCAGAGUCCUGUUUCUGAGAGAGCAGAACAUCAUCGCAGAACCAGAAAAAAGCUUGCCUGGGCUGAAGAAGCCCUUUUCUGGAAAAGGAGAAAUGUUCAAAGCUGGAGGGGCUCCCUCAAGUCUGUUGCUUGACCUGGAUACCAUCAGAGAGCUGUCUUCUGGAGUCAGCAAAUACCGCGAUUUUAUCCGAUACCUGCCUAUUCACCUCUCCAAGUACAUUCUAAGUAUGUUGGAUAAAAGCACCCUGAACAGAUGUGCCUAUGUGAGUCAGCAUUGGGCUACCUUGGCACAUCAGGUCAAGAUGGACUUGUCUCUGCACAUAUACAUUCAGAAUGAGAUCACCUUCUUGCAGGGGUCCUACACAAAAGGAAUAGAUCCUAACUAUGCCAACAAGCUUCCUAUCCCCGUUCCUAAAAACACAGAAGAUGGCAAACAAACGCGUGUGAAGAAUCAAAAAGUGAAGCUGAGGACGAAACAGAAUGAUUAUAGUCUGUGGACUGCCUACCAGAACCAGGAAACCCAGCUGGUCCAGAUGGAAGAGAGAAAUGUUUUCUGUGGGACUUACAACGUUCGUGUUCUCUCUGAGGUGUUGGACCAAAACAGAGUCAUCCACUAUUCUGGGGGAAAUCUGGUAGCCAUAGCAUCCAAUCGCAAGAUCCAGCUUUUGGACAUCAUGCAAGCAAAGGAGAUACCCAUCAGGUUCCGAGGCCACGCAGGCAGCAUCCGCACCAUCAUCCUGUGUGAGGAGGAAAACUUUCUCUUGAGUGGGAGUUAUGACCUGAGUAUCAGAUACUGGGAUCUAAGAAGUGGGGCUUGCAUGCGAAUCUUCAAUGGUCAUCAGGGGACAAUCACAUGCAUGGAUUUAUAUAAGAACAUGCUUGUAUCCGGAUCAAAAGAUUGCCAAGUGAAAGAGUGGGAUUUAGAGACAGGGAAGUGCCUGAAGACAUUUAAACACAAUUACCCAAUCUUGGCCACCAAGAUCAGUGACACCUUCAUUGUGAGCAGCUGUGAGCGCGGGAUAAUCAAAGUGUGGCACCUUGUCACGGCCCAGCUGGUAAAGUCUCUCAUUGGUCACGAGGGAGCUGUGAAGUGUCUGUCAUUUGACCAGUGGCAUCUUCUCUCCGGAAGUGCUGAUGGCCUGGUCAUGGCCUGGAGCAUGGUGGGAAAGUACGAGCGAUGUCUCAUGGCCUUCAAACAUCCAAAGGAGGUACUCCACGUGGCCCUUCACUUCCUCCGGGUCAUCAGCGCCUGUGCAGAUGGCAAGAUCCGCAUUUACAACUUUCUGAAUGGGAACUGUCUGAAGGUGAUGAAAGUCAAUGGCAGAGGUGAUCCAGUGCUGUCCUUCUUUUUUCACAGAAACAGGAUGGUGAUCAACACAGAGAGCAAUAUUCUUAUCUUCCAGUUUGAGACUAUAAAGUGGCAGUACCCCCAGGAUCGGGCCAGACCCAGGAAGAACAAAGAUAAAGAGGAAGAAAAGGAAGAAAUUGGCCUCAAUGACAUUCCAUCCAAGAGCAGCACUCAGAUCCACAGUCUGAGGGACUCUGUGUCCAGUAAGCAAAUGCUGAUGCUGGAGUCUUCACUGAGUAAAACUCACAGGUCCCAUAUGUUUCUGAGGACAGUCAGGACACAGUCAGCAUCACUAAUGGACACAGCUCAAGGAAAAUCAAAAUCAUCCCGAAGAGAUGGUAAGAAAACAAACUCUGUUUGGAAAGAAAUAAGCAGUGUGGAUGGUGGGCAAGAGGAUUUGGAAGAAACAUCUGUUACAGGAAGCCAAACGAAAGAAACUGUGGAUUCUCCUGAAGACUUAAUCCUGAAGAAAAAAUCCCCUCAGAUCUCUUUGACUCCUGACCAGUUCCUCUUGACUGUGAACGCCCUACAGCAAGCCCAUAAUUCCAAGGAGCUCGCCUAUCCCCGUAGGCCACAACUCCAAGCCUCUGAUGUCUCGGGACCUUCAAUUUCAUACCCAAGGAAGGUCCUGAGUUUGAAAGGAAAAUCAGUCCAACAUGAAGUUGAUCAGUUGAGAGCCAGCAACCCUCCCAUAGAUGUGAAACAAAUUAGUAUACCCCUUGAAAUCCAGAAACUGCAGCCCAACUUGAAGAACUCUUUGCAGAGUCCCCAAGUCCACUCUACCAUCCCCCAGCCCAUGAUUAUCCGCUCCAAGUUCUCUAGCAGUUUAAAGGCUGAAGAUGGGACACCCACCUCUGUGGAUGGGACAGUGCGAAGCUUUAAGCCCUUAACCAGUAUGCAGGUCAUCAAACCAAACCGAAUGUUGGCUCCACAGGUGGGCACAGCAAGCCUGUCUGUCAAGAAAGAACGGCCUCGCUUCUACACAGCCAUCAAUCCACUCAGAGUGAACACGGAGUUCAUGUUGUUGACUGUGAGAGAGGGGAAUGAGUACAGGGAAACCAAGAUGAAGGAAUACCAGGCCAUAAAGCCCACAGGAGUGGUCAGUCCAGAAAAAGCCAGAAGAGCUGCCUGGAUCAGGAAGAUCAGAGGCCUGCCUAUUGAUAAUUUCAUGAAGCAAGGGAAGGUCGCGGCCCCUGAACUUGGACAAAACAUAUUUAUCUGAACCAGCCUUGGGAAAUGACAAUCUUUUACAAUAAACAAUACCAAAUGGA